AUGUCACGGCGAUGUGUUUGUCCGCUCGACGGCAACGGCACCAACAACAAUAACAAUGAUGAGGACAGCAACGACGACGAUGACGACGAUGACGAUGACGACGACAACAAUAACAAUAACACUUCCAGCUUCAUAGUAGCUUUUCUUUCAUGUGUGAGCGCUCAGUAUCAGCCGCCAGCAACAAAACCACCGCCGCCCACUCUCUAUGUUCCCUCGGUUACUUGGCCACCAUUCAACCCCGGGCCAGUGCCACCAGCACCAGCGGGACCACCAGCUCCUCCAGGUGACUAUGACUACUAUGGUCCUCCUACGCUGCCAGUAUAUUCACCCACACCUUAUCAGCCUCCACCGACACCAUUUCCACCUCCUACAAUCUAUCAACCGUUCCCGACUCCUCCUCCUGGCCCAGGUCUGCCUCCAAGUGUCCCUGACCUUCCUACGAAUGAAUAUGUGCAGUACUCGAUCGACGCUUGUGCGGAUACUCUAGGCAAGAUGGAGAAGGAAACACGUAACAAGAAGAACUCUAAACUUUACAAGAAAGUCUCCAAGUCUCUCCGGAAACUGAAUCGCUUCACAUUUGAUCGGGACACGCUUCGUCAACUAUCAGGGAAUGUGCAAAGAAUGAAUAGAGCUACUAGUUUGUAUAAGAACAAAUGUCAGCGUAAAACAACUGAUACCUCCAACUACAACCAGCUCGACGACCAGUUCAACAGCAACGAAGAUGACACUCAAUGGUACAGUCCAGAAAACUCUAAGCGUGUGGCCAAGGUGCAAAGCACAAUGGAUGCAGGCAGUCAGUGCAUUGAAGACUACUGCGGAUAUUAA